CAAUAAAAGUAGUAGUUUCAGUUGGGUCCUUAUUAGAAAAGUAAUUUAGCCCAAACCCGGUAACCUAGUCAUUCCACGGCGCCGUUCAGUUACUAUCGGCCGUCGGAGAGGAAAUCGUCUCACUCAUUCUCAACGUUGCUUUUUGCCGUGGAAAUGAGAAGCUAAUAACAGUGUGACAGUACGGUGGAUUGAAGCUAGCCUUAGUAGCUUCACAAAAACGCGGUGAGAAGUGCUUUGAACGUACAUUAGCGUAACUUUCUUCUUUGUCCUUCUAUAUAAAGAAGAAAAACAAGCAUCUUUGCAAAAACGAUUCCCAGAAAGCAACCAUGGAUGUUGAUUCACAGCCAACUAUGGAGGAAACUAUUUUGGUUGGUGAUGAUCUAAUGAUGGGUCCUCCAUCACCAAUAGUACCGCCGGAAAUAGCUUCGCAUGUACUCCAAGGUGUUGAUCUAUGUGAUGGAAUUCUCAGGAAUCUAUUCUUGUGCUUGCAAAUCAAUGACAUUGAACCAUUCUGUCAAGAUGAGAUUGCUCUAUAUAAACAAUGUGCUGAAAGAAGGGAUAAGGAGAUAAGAAAUCGGCUUCAAGAUAGUGAAUUCAAAUUGGGUUCAUCAAUGCCUUUAGAUGCAGCCAAGGAGAGGACUACUCAGCUUGAGGCAGAAGUUACAUCAUUGGAGAGGCGCUUGAUUCUUGCUAGUGGAGUUGAGGGCAUUGAAGGUUUCCGCCAAAGAUGGAGCUUGCACGGCCGACUUACCGAUUCCAAAAAAAGGUUGGAAUUUUUAAAGCGGGGCAUAGAUGGAAGAACAGUAUGAAUCCUUUAGGGAAUCAACUUCCAAAUUUUGGUACUUGAGUGGAAGGUUAUACCUGCAUCAGGAGCCAUACAAAGUUAUGUUCCUCUCCAUAUAAAAAUUACAGAUGUUCUGUUGCUUUUUAACCAUCACUUUUAUGAUAUACUAGUUUAUGUAAUAUCUAAUAUGUAUUAGAGAUAUUCUCAAAUUAAGAGUAUCAUAUUCAUCCCAA